AAAGUUAUCUAAUGGAAAAAAUUCAAAGAGAGAGAGAAACAUUAAUCCUUCUCUAAUGGCUGUGACCCUAAAAUCCAAUGGCUUCAUCUUCUUCACAAAAAACCACACUCACUUACCAUUUUCCUCAAUCAAAAGGUCUGUUUCAAUAGCUGCUGAAACUAAGGUUGCAAGAACAGCACAGCAAGGUCCUAAUUGGGAAAAGCUGUGUCUGUCAAAUGUCAAGCCCUAUGAAAGUAACCGAGUGACUUGCAGUGCCGUUAACAGAUCAGAAGAAGCUUUCAUUACUGUGGAGGAACAGAAAAAGAAUAGGCCUUUGGUGAAGAUGUGUGGUAUAACAUCAGCUAGAGAUGCUGCUAUGGCAGCUGAAGCAGGUGCUGAUUUGAUUGGGAUGAUUGUUUGGCCCAACUCAAAGCGUUCUGUUUCGAUUUCAGUAGCGAAAGAGAUCUCAAAAGUUGCCAGAGAAUUCGGUGCAUUGCCUGUUGGGGUAUUUGUGGAUGAUGAUAUAGAUACAAUAUUAAGAGUUUCAGAUGCAUCUAACCUCGAACUUGUUCAGCUUCAUGGAGACAACUCUAGAGCAGCUUUUCCAAUUUUAGCUCAAGAACACCGCAUCAUUUAUGUCCUUCACGCGGACGAAAAUGGAAGUCUCCUAAACAGUAUAACAGCUCAAGAAUCUACUCUUGUUGAUUGGGUUCUUGUGGACAGUGCAAAGGGUGGCAGCGGUCGAGGAUUUAACUGGAGAGAGUUUAAAUUACCAAACAUUAGAAGCAAACAUGGUUGGUUGUUGGCUGGAGGAAUGAAGAGUGAGAAUGUUUGUGAAGCUCUUUCAAUUCUCAAACCUGAUGGAGUUGAUGUUAGUAGUGGCAUUUGUGGCUUUGAUGGCAUUCACAAGGAUCCAUUACAAAUUUCUUCCUUUAUUAAUGCUAUAGAUCUAUGUUGUUAUAAAUAAUAUAUUUAUGAAUAUUUCCAUUCAUAUUAAUUUAAAAAUAAAUAAAUUAAUUAAACAUUAUAUGUGGGAUUUUUUUUUUUGUAUGAAUUUUACCAUUCCUUUAAUGUAAAAAUAGAUGAAUAAAUAAAUUAUGUAUGUUUAUUAUUUAUGCUAGUGAGAUUUUCUAUCCCUAA